AAAGUCUCUAACUUGCCUGAAGGCCUCAACCUUUAGUAAGCUUGUUACUGCUUUUGAUUUUGCUCAUCAUGUUGCAUGAUGCUGGUGGUUUGCACUAGCUUAUGUCAAGGCCCCUGGGAAUUAUAGAAUAGGAAUCCACUUUUCCUCUUUUUUUACCGGCAAAUCUAGCUGUUAACUGAUAGGAUUCCUUUCUCUUUGUCUCCUUUAUGCUCUGGUGAAAGGGUUACUUUCUUGUCACUUGGGCGCUUUGGAGUAUAAUAUUAGGUGUAAUCUCACAAGGUUCUCAAAGCUAUCCAGCUGGUGAAUGGUAGGUAAUAUGCCUGGCCCUGGGGUUACCUUUUCUCUCUGUUUGUCUAUAGGAUUCUGCUCCUCGGAAUUACUUUUGCUUUCAACCUCUUUUGCUACGAAGCUGUCGUCGUUAUUUGUUCCUUGUUGAGCCUGCAAGAAAUUACCAGUCAAAACUCCUCACCUUUCUCUUUAGUUGAAGAUUCUCUUGUUUCUUUGGUUUCUCUAGUCUCCGAGGCUUCUCUUUUAAACUCUCCCAACACCUCAGCUUCUCCAAGAGGUCUGGUAUCAAAGCAUCAUUCAGUUGUUCUAUAUAGUUGUUCAUGGUGAUGACAGUCGGUAUUUGAACAGAGAAGUGUGGGUUCUACUUAGCUCGGUAGUCAAAGAAGUUUGCACUGGGAACUGAUGUCUGCUCGCAAAGAAGUUCCAGAAAUGGUAGCUCCAGGCUAUUGUGCAAGUGGUGCCGCUAGUCAUUGGGAUCCACUUCUUUCCAUGGAUCAGAAUGUGGAUUUCAGUGGGUCAGCUGGUCAUUCUUCCUACAAUGUUCGUGUACCAGAAAGCAAAGGAAGUUCUAUCAUUGAUUCGAUGAAGCAAAUUCCAAGGCUUUCGUCCUUCGGCAGUGAGAGCUUCACUGAAAUGUUGAGCUCCUUUACCUUGCCCAUUGCAGCUGUUCCUUGCCCUCCAGAUAUCCCUUCAGGUAAUGAGCAUGAGACUGAGAAGAAUCUGAAGGGGAAGAAGAGGAAAGGGUUGUCUCAAUGCAUCGCUCCAAGUCCCCAUUCUCCAGCAGAAAGGGAUGUCGAGGCUGGUCAGCAGAAAGAUAUUUCACCUGAUAGUGUCAAAAGCUCAAUGGAGGAUGAGAGCAAGCAGAAGAGUGAACUGAACUCAGGUGCCAACAGUCCCAACUCCACUGAGAAACUCUCCAAGAAGCAGUGGCAUCAUGGUGGUGAUGUGAAAGAUGAUCACAAUCAUGCGCGAGCUAAGCGAGGCCAAUCCACCAACAGUCACAGCCUUGCAGAAAGAAUUAGAAGGGAAAGAAUUAGUGAAAGAAUGAGGUUUCUUCAAGGUCUAGUUCCAGGAUGCAACAAGGUUACCGGUAAGGCGGUGAUGCUUGAUGAAAUAAUCAAUUAUGUUCAAUCACUUCAAAAGCAGGUUGAGUUCCUGUCAAUGAAGCUGGUAGCUGUCAAUCCAGAGUCGGACUUGGCUAUCAAGCAGAUCCUCUCAAAAGAUAUGCUACACUCACUAAAUAGAAAUCCAGCCAUUCCCGGGUUUGGUGUGGAAUUAAACCAAAUCCACCCUCAUUUGCAUUGGUCAUCCUCAUGUGAAUUCAAGCAAGCCGAAAUGCUUCUUUCAAGUAAACCGACUUCAGGGGAUAUUAUCGGAGCCACCAACCCUCAUAUAUUUCCACUGGGUCAGGCAUCAAGUGUAUGGGAUGCUGAACUCCAAAAUAUUUUUCAGAUGGGUCUCAUUUCUAACCCACCUCUUGAUUGUGAGAAGCUGAAUGGUGAAAUGAAGGUGGAGCCAUGAACAAUUUAGGAGAAUGAAGAAUUUAAAUUCUCCUAACUAAGAUGUUCUUUCGUGUACUGUAUCGUUCAUAGGUCUAGCCAUUAGUGCCCAAUGUCUAGAAAAAUUGAGACAUACAUGAAGACCAUGUAUAGUCAGAGUGGCUCUUGCAUUUGCUUGAAGGAAAGAUUGCAUUAUUUGUUGUAAUAUUGGUUGUCAGAGUACUAUUUGUAGGAGAUUGUGGAGUUAUUCCAUUAAGAUGAUUAUAAGUUCUAAAAGAAAUGGUUGUAUAAAAGUAUUUGCUUCACAUGAUUGUAUUGAGUUGCAGGAAGCUUGCAAUUGCAAUAUCUUAAAACACUAGAGUGGAAUUUUUAUCACUCUUUCGUAA